CGUUGUUGUUUGCUCGCAAACUUUCAACUCAAUUCUAAAAAAUCAUCUUUAAAAUGCCUCGUGUCAGGCCAACCACGAAAUUGGGAGUGUAUGGUCAAUGCGACCUAAACCCAGAGAAAGCAGUAAUACUGGUCAGCAAAUCGAAACUUCAAAACAAAUAUUACAUAAAAACACCAAAUUCGGAUGUUGCUCGUCUUAGUUUCGAGAUCAAAGGCAUUCAAGGUAAUCGGGUAUAUGAAGAGGUAACGAGAGAACAACAACACUUGCGUGCUCUUUCUCACAAGCAAUUUCGCAUGAACGAAAAUCGACUCAGUGAAGCUGAUAAAUUACUACAGACGCUCUGGGUUGAUUUUGUAGAAGUCAACAACUUUCUCAAGGAUUGCGAGGCGAAAGAAAAUGAAUCAUAUGAAACUAUGGAAACAGAAAAGAGGAGGCAGAUAGUUUUUCAUGAAAAAAUUGAACACAUGGAACUGGACCUUAUUAUCUUGAAAGACUUCGGUCAGAUGUAUGAACAAACAAUUAAGGAUUAUGCACCAUACGAGAGCGUAUUAAAGAAAACAAUCAAAGUUUCCGAAACUUUCGACACUACAGACGAUUUGAUGAAACGUUGUGACUCACUCCGUAAGUUAUUAUUAUUAUUUAUUAAGGCUUUAACAUAA